CUGUUCGGACGUGAGCGCACUCUCGCUCCGCUCCGCUCCACUCCGCACUCUUUAACCACGUUCCGACUUCCGCGUGGAUUGCAUGCUGUCGCUGGCAGUGCCUCCGAUGCCGAGGCCGAUUACUGCGGUUCCAGCGCGCCAUUCAGAAUAUUCGCUUGGCAUUGCUUCGAAAUGCCGGUUCGAGUGUCGGUCGGUUCCGCGCUGUGUUCCCCUCGAAAAGUGUAAAUAAUGAAACAAUGAAAGAACGCCAAACAAUAAUUAAGAAAACUAAUUGAGUCCACUAGUCAGAAGUGAAAAACAAACAGAUAAUUAAAUAGAAAUAAAAAGAUGUUGCACUCGAACUGAAUCAAACAAGAAACAAAACAAACUAAAACAAGCCAAAGCCAACAACAGUUUCAACCGAACUUAAAAUUAUUAUAUAUAGAUCCAAGCAACCAAGAAUAACCCAACAGAUCAGAUAAAAUGAUGGCGCUCGAUGGCAAAGCGAUAAUUAAGGAGGAGAUUACCGACAAGGACUCAUAUGACGUAGCCGCAGCGGCGGCGGCAGCGGUGGCAGCUGGAGCCGCCUUGGCGGUGGCCACAGCAGCAGGUGUUCAGGUGCCACCCGCGUCAUCGUCAUCAUCAUCGUCCGUGGUGGUGACGGCGGUGACGGGAGCAGCGUCAGCAGCAGCUGCCUCAACCAACAACACAGCAACAGCAGCCACAGCGGCGGCCAUUUGCCGAAGGCUUAAAGCCAACAGCAGCAGCAGCAGCAGCAACGGGGACAAGAGUUCAUCCUCGUCGAGCAGCAGCAAGGACAGCAGCAACUGCACAUCCCACAGUAGUCGAGACAGGGACAGGGACAGGGAGCGGGAGCGGGAGAGAGCGGCAGAUCGCUUGUGUCGCACUCCACCCGACUCCCCGCCAGACUCCGCGCGCAGUCUCGCCCCCCGGUCCCCACACUCGCCCCUGCAGCUGCACCAUCGACCGCAGCGCAAUGCGAGCGUCUCGCCCGUGGUCAACGGGGGAGUGGGCUCCUCGGGAACCUCGCCCACUCCGGGGGCCCAGCAUGCCGCCUCCCUGGCAGCUGCAGCCGCCGCCGCCGCCGCAGCAGCGGCCCACGUGGAGCAGGCACGACUCGUGGCCAAGAUGCGCAAGUUCCUCGGGGCCCUGCUGCACUUCUCGCAGGAGCUGGGCCAGCCGGAAGUGUGCGAGCGGGUGCGAGCCCUGAUCCUGUCGCUGUGCUGCGGCACCAUCUCGCUGGAGGAGUUCCGCCUGGCCCUGCAGGAGGCCAUCAACCUGCCCCUGCGACCCUACGUGAUGCCGUUGCUUAAGAACAGCGUGACCCUGAUGCAGCGCGAGAUCCUGGCCCUGGCCCGGGCCACCAACCAGUCCGCCCUCCAGUACGUGACCAACAACGAGCAGGCGGUGAUGGAGUUCGGUGCAGAGUUCGGCGACAUCUUCGUCCAGCUGGAGGCGCCCACAUCGAACGGGGCCGGCGGCAGUGCCGUCUUCAAGCGCCGAUCCUCGGACUCCAUGAUGGAGCACGGCGGCCACAACGGCCUGCAGGAGUGGAGCGAGUACAUGGCCAGCGGCGGGGGUCUGUCCGCCUCCGGCUAUCCCCCUCCGCCCAACAAGCGGAUGGCCAUGCAUCCCGCCCACUCGGUCAUGGCCUACGGCGACUACACUCUGCCCGUGGCUGAGGGUGUGCCCUCGGCGGCUGGUUUCAUGCAGCGCGACGAGCGCGAGCUGCGCCAUCCGGCUCCUCCACAGAGGGCUGCCAAUCCCAAUCCCAACUCCAAUCCGAAUCCGAAUCAACAGGCCAACCCCAAUCCCAACCCCAAUGCCAACCCGAAUGCAGCUUCGGGAGGCGCUGCAGGGGGCGAGGAGGAGUGGAAGAACAUCCACACAAUGCUCAACUGCAUCUCGGCCAUGGUGGACAAGACGAAGCGCGCCAUCACGAUCCUCCAGCAGCGGGGCAUCGAGCCGCAGCAUCCCAACAGCGGCCAGGAGAUAACACCAGCGGCUCUCGCCGAACUGCGUCGCCAAACAGAGGAGAAAGUGUCCGAGUUCAAGCGGAAUGCCGAGGACGCAGUCACCCAGGUGAAGCGGCAGGCGGUAAUCGAGAUCCAGCGGGCGGUGGUGGCUGCCGAAACGCGGGCCGCGGAGAUCAUGACCCAGGAGCGGCUGCGCAUGGAGAAGUUCUUCAUGGAAAUGAGUCGCCACUCGAGCGGCGAACGGGAUCUGGACAACAAGUCGCCGUCGAUCACCACGCCACAGAAUAACGGGACUCUGCAGCAGCAGUGCUGGAACUGCGGCCGCAAGGCCACCGAAACCUGCUCGGGCUGCAACAUGGCUCGCUACUGCAGCGCCUCGUGCCAGUACAGAGACUGGGAUAGCCAUCACCAGGUCUGUGGCAGCACCAGGGCCAGCGAAAUGAGUGCCAAGCAUUUGCACCCCGCCGGCAGUAUCCGCACUGCGAUGGCCACUCGAUCCCCACCCACGCCCACCCCGUCAGCCCAUCUGCAGGCGGCGGCGGCGGCAGCGGCGGCGGGUGCCCGUGAGACAAUUGUUGCUGGCCCAGUGGGCGGAGGAACUGGCGGUGGCAAUGCGGGGGCUGCAGCUGUGGGCGCUACCACGCCCAGUGCAUUGGUGGCCAAUGGGUUGGGCUCCAAAUGACGCAUUCGCAUGAUGAAACCCAAGAAGAAGUACUUGUGCUAGUCAAAUUAUAGGGGUGCGAUGUGGGGACGGGGGGGUCAGAGGUCGCCCAGAUAAUCCAUAUACACACACACACACACACACUUACAUACAUAAUUAUGCAGUUACUAUUAUCCAUUAUCCAAGAAAAGCAAGAAGAAUAAAUUGCCAGCAAAUAGAUUUGUAAACUCAACUAAAGAUACAGGAAGUAGGAGAGCUCAACCGUAGAUACUCCAGAUACUCCAUACAUACAUACAUACAUACAUAGGUAUGUGCGUGGGUGGACAAAAGAAAAUUUCACAUUUAAAUGUUUCUUGCGGCCAACAAUUAGUGUAGGAGGGGUCUAAGGACAGAGGGGAGUAGCCGAACCUCUAGAUGAAUUUAUAAAGGGCAUUCCGCACGGAAUCGAAAAGGGUAAUCCACUACACACCACAAGGGGAAUCAGCCACAAUUCUCACACUUCUUCAGUUCACCUAAUGCACAUUUAGAGAUCGCAAGCGAAGAAUAACUUAAAAAAUAUUAUAUAGACAAUUAAAUGUUAUCCACACUCAAGGCUCCACAACUCUCAAAGCAGUAAAAGAAUAAAGCAUCAAGAAUAAAGCGUAAAGCAUAAAGCGUAAAGAAAUACGAAAGUAGGUCUGUAAGUACUUAGGCAAAACUCAAACCCAACCCCAAAGCACGUAAUGGAAAGAAAAACCAGAAACUGAACAUAGUAGAUUUUAUUAUUACAUUAAAAUAAAGUACGAGCACUCGUAUAUUAUUAUGAUAUGACUACACAUACUUAUACAUAUGUAUGGCUAAUUUAUUGAUUGUAUUUAAUUUAUUGAUUAGUAUUUAUUGUAUCUCUUAAACUAAUACCUAAUGUACUUUUACCAUAAACGACACGACACAAACCACGUAAAUGUUGCAUCUACAAAAAAACAAAAAAAAAAAAACAAAAACGAAACCAGCAAAAGGCUAAA